GCGCAUUGAUAGCUUUACUAUACAAUAAAGUUACCAACUGUUAUUUCAUUUGAAUGAAAUGAGGUAAACCAACCUAAAUAGACACGAGUAUUCAGUAAACACUGUGCAGCACACAUUUAUAUACAUUUAAAGUGAAUUAAAAGGAAAAAUGGAGUGCGAAGAAGUUCCAAUUGAUGCAGAUUCUUCAAAAGUAUUUGUGUUUUCUGAUCCACAAAUACUCAGCUCUCCCAAGCUUAUUAAUACCAGUUUUAAUUCAGAGCAAGUAUCAAAUGUGUCCACUGUUAAUAAAACUGCAUUUACUUUUACUGCACCGACAGUAAUUUCACAACCUACACAGCAAAACAUCUCUGUUUUCCAAACGGAUGAAUUUGAAAAGCAGUACAAACCAAAAAUACUGAGGACCUCAUAUAAACCAGCUGUUAAUGUAUUUGCUCCAGCUCUUAAGGAUACAGCUAUGUUCGAACAAUUACAGAAGAAUUCUAAAUCACAAGUUACAAAAGUUAAUUUGGAAAAUUCAAUAAUAUGUACAAAUGUACCUCAGCCAUUACUUACUAAAGCAAUGGCAAAGGAACACUUUAAUCAGUUUGGAAGUCGUUCCAAAAUCACUAUUCGUCCUAAAAAACAGAUAAUCACUGUUGUCUAUAGUACUAAAGAAGAAGCAACUACAGCUUAUAAUAAAUGUGGUGAAUAUUUGGGAGAAAAGUUUGAUGUACAUUGGACAAAAUCGUUUGAAAAAUCUCCUAUAAAGAAGAAGGACCUACAAAAGAAUAUUGUAUCUGAAAUUAUGUCCAAUUUUUUCAAAUCACCUGACAGUGAGAUUAAAUCUGAGUUGGAUGCUAUGAUGAAUUUAGGAUACAAAUUACAUAACAAAAGUAAUCCUGAUGGUACACCAACUAAACAAAUUAAAUCAAUACAAUCUGCAUCUAAGGCAGCAGCGAAAUUAGAAAAAGCAUCUGCAAAGUCUGAAAAACUUAAAUCAGAUAGUCAAAUAUCAGAUAUAUUACCUAAUGCUACUAUUGAGGAACUACAAAGUAUAAUUCAACAACCUGCAUAUUCUUCUGAGGAUAAGUACAAGGUAUUAGAAGCAAGGGAUAGACUUAUGAGAAUGAGGCAAAUUAAAUCGCACACAUUAGCAGCAGCUAAAGUAAUGAUUGGGACGUGUCCUGACAUGUGCCCUGAGAAGGAACGGUUAAUGCGUGAGGCAAAAAGACAAGUGGCGUUUUAUGAACAAGUUUCAAGGAAUGACUAUAAAAUAAAUCACACAAAGGCAGUGAAGCAGUACUCUAGAUCUUCUGCAGAUCAAGAGGAACCAAUGGCACAUGAAUUAAGGCCAGUGAAAUCAUUGAAGAUGACUAUGAGUUAUUUGCUCCAUGAGAUUGCAGAUCUUGUUAAUCAACAAGGUACGAAUGUGGCAGAAUGGUACCAUUUUUUAUGGGAUAGAACAAGAGGAAUACGGAAGGAUAUAACACAGCAAGAGUUAUGCUGUCCUGACAGUGUUAAAUUGGUUGAACAGUGUGCUAGAUUUCACAUAGUAUGUUCUGAAAGGCUUUGUGCAGAAGAACCAUCUGUUUUUGAUAAGAGGAUAAAUUCUGACAAUCUGACAAAAUGUUUACAAUCAUUGAAAUACAUGUAUCAUGACUUGAGAGUGAAAGGAAUUAAUUGCAAAAAUGAGCCAGAAUUUCGUGCAUAUAUUAUUUUAUUGAACUUAAGCAAUGGCAAUUUCAUGUGGGAUUUACAGAAAUUACCAAAAGACAUACAAAGGUCGGCAGAAGUUCGAUUUGCAUUGGAUGUAUAUCUUGCUCUUGAAUCUAAUAAUUAUUAUAAAUUUUCUAAGCUCGUACGGAAAACUACAUAUUUAAAUGCGUGCAUCUUGCUGAGGUAUUUUAAUCAAGUAAGAUUGACAGCAUUGUCGGUACUUGUUAAAGCUUAUUGCAGGACAACGUCAACAUCAUAUCCAUUAUACGAUUUAAUUGAUAUGUUAAGCUUCGAAGAUGAAGACGAAGCUGUUUAUUUUUGUGAACAAUUAGGAUUAAAUAUUUCGAAUGAUGGUUUAUAUGUAUCACUAAAUCGACAGAACUUUGUCAUGUCUGUAUUAAAUAUAAAACAGAAUAGAGCUCACAAUGUAAUAGAAUCUAAAAGGAUCAAACAAAACUUAUCUAUUGGAGAAUGUAUAGCGGGAGGAGAAAUGCCAAGCAAAAGUUAUAAGGACCAUAAACCACACAAUAGUUUUGAUUUUAGUGGCUAUUUAAUGCUUGAUUCUAUCAAUGCAGAGGAUCAAAGUAAAAACAUUAGUUUUGAAUCGUUCGAUCCGUAUGAAUUCAUUGACGAAGAUACUGUAAACACAGAAUCUAAGGAAGAUGUGAAUACUACUGAAAAUUCGAUCACUGAGAUGCAGACUAGUGCUGCAAAUACAGUUUCAAGCAUUGAAGUCAAUACAGAUGUUUUUGCAAAAUCGCAAGCAGAGAUAAAUAAAUUCCAAGGAAGCAUGAGUACAUCACUAAUUAAAUCGAGAAUAAAAAGUCAGAAGGAUUCAACGAAAUCUGAUUUCAUAUUAGAACAAAAACCAAAUGAAUCUCCAAAUUUAUCUAACAUAUUUAAUAAUACAACAACAAUUUCCACCGCACCAAAUAUAUUUUUUAAGCAAGUUGAUUCAUCGUCAAAGACCGAUUCAUCUCCAUUUGCAACAGCUGCAAAUAAAAGUAUAUUUUCAGGAACAAAGAUAUUCAAAACAAAUGUUACAUCCUCAACAAUACUUUCCGAUGACGUUACAAGUGCCCAAGCCGUUUUAAAACCACAAAAUACUGCAAGUCCUGUGACUACUAGUAAUAAAAAUGCCUCCGGAGUAAGACGUUCCUUCGCAUUUGCAGUAGACAAUAAGAAAACAACGUUGCAAAAAGAAAUAAAACAUGGAAAAUCAAAGUUAGACGAAGAGGAAUCUUUGAAAAGAAUGCAACAAAUCAGUGAAACUGCUGAAGAAAUUCUACAUAGCAUACAAACAGAAGUGAUACAAGCAUGCUGUUCCAGUACAGUAAAGGAGGAAUUACAUAAACUACGUGUUUUCAACCAGCGUAGCGAGAGUAUCAGUAAUGAGAUUCUAGAUGAAGUAACUCAUGAAAUCUGUGAUAAUACAUUAAAAGAAAUGAUUAAUGCGAGAAAAUUGUAUGAGAUGUCAGUAAAAAUGAAAAAUAGAGUGGCUAUAAAGUGUUUCAAACUCUGGAAGCUUAAUGUACUGAAGAGAAAACAACAAAGAAAGGAUGCAAAGGCAUUAGAAUAUACACCUGUAUGGUUGCAAAACUCCAGUCAAGAAUGUGCGAAAUUAUUGUACACUAAAGAACAAGAUUUGGUUAUUGCAAACAUGCGGAAAAAGCACAGAGAUUUAGAAGAACAUAUAAAACCUUAUUCUGAAUCGCUAACACCAAUUGAAGUUAUAAUUUAUGCUGGUAUAAAAGAGAACUUGAAGUUCAUGGAUAUAAAUACGCAUACUAAUUGUUAUUGGAAAUUAGUUAUUUCUUGGCCAAAUUUAUAUAGCAAAACAAUCUUAUGGCACCAUAAAAAAAUAAUAAAUCAAUAUCUUUCUCCAGAAGAUUUCACAGUGGAUCCGAUUAUGAUAUCAUAUAAAGCAAAUCAAAUUGAAACUUUACGUAUCUGCAUCAGGCAAUUUGAAGAUCUACCUAAUGAUCUUAAUUUAAUAGGGUCAGAUGCUCUUUUCUUCGUAGCAGAUGCUUCUGAAGAAAUUAAAUUUACUACAAAACGUUUAACAAAAACUGUAUUAUCAAGGGACAAGUUGAUGCCUAUUCCGCUCAUAUUUGUUAUCUUCGGUAAUUCAAACUUUGACUCUCAAAGGAAGGAGGUUGUUUGCAAUUUGGAAGAAUUAUUGGACUCUGGAUAUUUGUCAACAUAUACAAUUGUACAUGAAAAGAGUUUAACUGAAAAAUCGAUCCUACAUUUAACGCAAACUGGUAUACUUUGGUUGACUGUAAAUGCAUCACCUCAAAAUCCACUACGAAUGGAUUGCUUGCAAGAUUUUUGUGAUAUUUGUUUAACGGAAGAAUUAUGGCUAAGGAUAUUUGAUAACUCAUAUUUUCAUGAAAAUCUACUGUGUGCUUUGAAGCAACCUAACUUUAUAAUCAAUUUGCAUAAUGAAGCUGUAACUCAUUUAACAAAUAUAAUAUUAGAUCCAGAAAUCUUCAUGUACACAAAAUUUGCCCCAGAGUUUAAAAUAUAUGUUAAAAAUCAAUAUAUGAUUCCGUGUACAUAUGAAUACUUCGACGAUGUUUGGAAAAAUGAAGAUCAUAAAGCAAAAUUAGAAGAAGCAAUGUCUAGCUUUAAAUUACCAGAAUGGAACUAUCCGUGGCCUGUAAGUAAUACCACUCUUCAUAGAAGUAUAACAGAUUACAGUCACAAGGCAUUAUCUACUUCAAAGAGUGAGGAAAUAUCUUACAAUGUGCUAAGUAACUUUUUCGUUACUACUGGAAAUUCAGCUGUACCUAAUUUUGUUGAUGUUUUAUUAUAUAUUGUUAAGAAGAAGAUUCAUGUCCUUGACAAAGAUUUAAAUGUGAUUUAUAACAAGAAUCAUGUAAAACAUUUCCGAACUUUACCGUGGUGGUUGAAGUCUGAUUUAUUAAUUUGCUAUCAAACUGUGCCAAGAGAUAUGAGUCUUAGAAGCAUUGGGAAAAGAACGAAAAAGGAGAUUAUUACUGACGAAUUGGAGACGAAGAAACGAAAGACAAGUAUAUCUGAAGAAAAUGAAUCCGGCUUAGAUCCUUUGGCUACAUUUUGUGAAAAUAGUCGGAAUCAAAUCAUGGAAGUAGAUUGCAUUUCAAAAAAGAUAGAAAAUCGUUUGAAGGAACACGAAGAACAAAGCUACUUGUUUGAAGAAAAAUUAAGAAACGCUUUGGUCGAAGGAACUUGAAUAUUAAGAUGAAUGAAUUGUAAAUAGAUAUAAUGUACAAACGAUUUUACAGUAUCAUUUGACAAGUAACGCGUUUAAUUUGUUAUUUUUAUAAACAUAUGAAUAAAUAUACGAAAUGUAUAUUAUAAUUUUAUUGUGCACGUUUGUAUUUCAAUUGAAUCCUUUUAAAUGUGUUGUAAAAGGCGAAUAAAAUGUGAUCACAUUUAAUUGUA